CUGGACAUAAAACCGCGGUGCUCGGCCUGACGCGGUGGGUGCUAAUUGCAGACAGGGGCCCCACGUUGGAUUCCACUUUGAUUUCGGAAGGUUGGCUGCAUGGUUCCAUAGACUCUCUGGGAACAUCUCACUCACACACAGACACCCCUGAGCCAUCGAGAGACGCGUCUGCGCCCUUUCUUUAUUUCUCACCCAAGGUCCUGCAUGUCUAAUAUUUAGACAUGUUCAGCUUUGUGGAUUCAAGGACUGUUCUGCUACUUGUAGCGUCCCAAGUUGUGUUGCUUUCCGUUGUCAGAUGUCAACAAGAAGACGCCCAGUCGUUUGGUGCGCAGGGGCAGAAAGGUGAACCAGGAGAGAUUGCAGAUGUCGUAGGACCAAGAGGACCUCAUGGCCCCAUGGGACCCCCCGGAGAGCAAGGAACACGAGGACCAGGCGGAGCUAAAGGCGAUAAGGGCAACAUUGGACCCAGAGGCAGAGACGGAGAGCCCGGUACUCCCGGGAACCCCGGGCCAGCCGGACCACCCGGGCCCUCUGGGCUGGGAGGAAACUUUGCUGCUCAAAUGGCUGGUGGAUUUGAUGAGAAGGCCGGCAGUGCUGCGAUGGGAGUGAUGCAGGGCCCUAUGGGCCCGAUGGGUCCCCGUGGCCCCCCUGGCCCCUCUGGAUCUCCUGGCCCACAAGGUUUCCAAGGUAACCCCGGAGAGACUGGAGAGCCUGGAUCAGCUGGACCUACCGGCCCUGGUGGCCCCCUCGGACCCUCAGGAAAAUCAGGAAGUGAUGGUGAAGCUGGUAAACCUGGCAAGGGUGGUGAGCGUGGACCUGCUGGACCUCAGGGAGCCCGUGGAUUCCCUGGAACUCCUGGACUUCCUGGGAUUAAAGGACACAGAGGUCACUCUGGUUUGGAUGGAGCCAAGGGAGAGAGCGGUGCUGCCGGAGCUAAGGGUGAGGGUGGAUCCUCUGGAGAGAACGGCACCCCUGGACCCAUGGGACCCCGUGGUCUGCCCGGCGAGAGAGGGCGUUCCGGAGCAGCCGGAUCUGCUGGUGCCCGUGGUAAUGAUGGUCUGCCUGGUCCCGCUGGUCCCCCUGGUGCUGUUGGACCUGCUGGUGCUCCCGGUUUCCCAGGAUCCCCUGGAUCCAAGGGAGAGGCGGGCCCCACAGGAGCCCGUGGAGCUGAGGGCGCUCAGGGGCCCCGCGGUGAGGCUGGCACCCCUGGAUCCCCCGGACCCGCUGGAGCCUCUGGCAACCCUGGUACUGAUGGUAUUCCCGGGAGCAAAGGAUCUGCUGGCGGUGCUGGUAUUGCCGGAGCACCAGGUUUCCCCGGACCCCGUGGCCCCCCCGGACCUCAGGGAGCGACAGGACCCCUCGGGCCCAAGGGCCAGUCUGGAGACCCCGGUAUCCCGGGAUUCAAGGGAGAGGCUGGACCCAAAGGAGAGCUCGGCCCCGUGGGACCCCAAGGUGGCCCAGGACCUUCAGGAGAAGAGGGCAAGCGAGGAGCAAGAGGAGAGCCCGGCUCUGCUGGACCACUCGGACCCCCCGGAGAGAGAGGAGCACCUGGUAACCGUGGUUUCCCAGGUCAAGAUGGUCUUGCUGGCGCUAAGGGGGCUCCAGGGGACCGCGGUGUGUCUGGUGCUGCAGGGCCCAAGGGAGGCACCGGGGAUCCCGGUCGCACUGGAGAGUCUGGUCUUCCCGGCGCCAGGGGUCUUACUGGCCGUCCUGGUGAUGCUGGUCCCCAAGGCAAAGUUGGCGCUUCUGGUUCCUCUGGUGAGGACGGUCGCCCCGGCCCACCCGGACCCAUGGGGGCCCGAGGACAGCCUGGAGUCAUGGGGUUCCCAGGACCCAAGGGAGCCAACGGUGAGCCUGGAAAGGCCGGAGAGAAGGGACUUGUGGGUCGCCAAGGACUGAGGGGUCUGUCUGGAAAAGAUGGAGAGACUGGAGCAUCUGGACCCCAUGGCCCUGCUGGACCUGCUGGAGAGAGAGGAGAGCAAGGCCAGCCCGGACCCUCCGGUUUCCAGGGUCUUCCCGGACCUUCAGGCUCCCCAGGAGAGUCAGGCAAACCUGGCGAGCAGGGUGUUAAUGGAGAGGCCGGAGUUCCUGGGGCUGUUGGACCCAGAGGCGAGCGUGGUUUCCCUGGAGAGAGGGGUGGUGCUGGACCCCAGGGUCUUCAGGGACCCCGCGGACUUCCUGGUACCCCCGGAACUGAUGGACCCAAGGGGGCUAUCGGGCCAGCUGGGGCUCUCGGAGGCCAGGGACCCCCCGGCCUGCAGGGAAUGCCCGGAGAGAGAGGAGCAGGUGGCAUCCCCGGUGCUAAGGGAGACCGAGGUGACAAUGGAGAGAAGGGACUUGAGGGAUCUCCUGGCAAGGAUGGUUCAAGGGGUUUGAGCGGUCCAAUUGGUCCUCCUGGCCCAGCUGGUCCCAACGGCGCCAAGGGUGAAACCGGACCCUCUGGACCAUCCGGUGCUGCUGGUGCACGUGGCGCUCCUGGUGACCGCGGGGAGGUUGGCCCUCCAGGGCCUGCUGGUUUCGCCGGACCCCCUGGCUCAGAUGGUCAGCCUGGUAUCAAGGGAGAGAUGGGUGAGAGUGGACAGAAGGGAGAGGCCGGUUCCCCUGGCCCCCAGGGGCCCUCUGGAGCCCCCGGACCUAAUGGCCCUACCGGUGUGUCUGGACCUAAAGGAGCACGUGGUGCUCAGGGAGCGCCCGGUGCUACUGGUUUCCCCGGCUCCUCAGGACGAGUUGGAUCUCCUGGCCCCAACGGUAACCCUGGAGCUGCCGGCCCCGCUGGUCCUUCCGGUAAAGACGGUCCCAAGGGUGUUCGUGGGGACGGUGGCCCCACAGGACGGCAGGGAGACACUGGGCUCAGAGGAGCCGCUGGCACCCCAGGAGAGAAGGGAGAGCCUGGCGAGGACGGAGCUGCUGGUCCCGAUGGGCCUCUCGGACCCCAGGGUCUUGGUGGAAGCCGUGGUAUCGUUGGUCUGCCGGGUCAGCGUGGAGAGAGAGGCUUCCCUGGACUCCCUGGGCCUUCUGGAGAGCCUGGUAAGCAGGGCUCUACUGGGAGCACUGGGGAUCGUGGACCCCCUGGACCCGUAGGACCCCCUGGGCUGACUGGGCCCUCUGGAGAGCCUGGCAGAGAGGGUAACGCUGGAACCGACGGACCCCCUGGCAGAGACGGAUCUGUGGGAGUCAAGGGAGAGCGUGGUAACACCGGCCCCGUCGGGGCCCCUGGAGCUCCGGGCUCUACCGGUUCCCCCGGCCCCGUCGGACCGCUGGGCAAGCAGGGCGACCGCGGAGAGUCUGGUGCUCAAGGACCCGCCGGCCCGUCUGGACCCGCCGGAGCACGGGGGAUGGCUGGUCCCCUAGGACCACGUGGAGACAAGGGAGAGGCGGGAGAGACCGGCGAGAGGGGACAGAAGGGUCACCGUGGUUUCACUGGUCUGCAGGGUCUUCCUGGACCUCCUGGCUCUGCUGGAGAUGCUGGAGCUUCCGGACCCGCUGGACCUAGCGGUGCUAAGGGACCCCAUGGACCUGUUGGACCUGCUGGCAAAGACGGAUCCAACGGUGUACCUGGCCCCAUCGGACCCUCUGGACCACGGGGACGCUCCGGAGAGACCGGCCCUGCUGGUCCCCCUGGUAACUCUGGCCCCCCUGGGCCCCCAGGCCCUCCCGGCCCUGGCAUCGACAUGUCCGCCUUCGCCGGCCUCUCCCAGUCAGAGAAGUCCCCCGACCCCAUGCGCUACAUGAGGGCCGACGAGGCCUCCAGCUCCCUGAGGACCCACGACGUGGAGGUGGACGCCACGCUCAAGUCCAUCAACAGCCAGAUCGAGAACAUGCUGAGCCCCGACGGCAACCAGAAGAACCCCGCCCGCUCCUGCAGGGACCUCAAGCUGUGCCACCCCACCUGGAAGAGCGGCGACUACUGGGUCGACCCCAACCUUGGCAGCACCGCUGACGCCAUGAAGGUGUUCUGCAACAUGGAGACGGGCGAGACCUGCGUCUACCCCAGCAUCGCCAAGGUGCCAAGGAAGAACUGGUGGACAAGCAAGAGCAAGGACCGCAAGCACGUCUGGUUCGGAGAGACCAUGAACGGAGGAUUCCACUUCAACUACGCCCAGGAAGGCCCUGCCGCCAUCGCCGCCAACAUCCAGCUGACCUUCCUGAGGCUGCUGUCCACCGAGGCGACCCAGAACGUCACGUACCACUGCAAGAACAGCGUGGCCUACAUGGACCAGGCCACGGGCAACCUGAAGAAGGCCCUGCUGCUCCAGGGAUCCAAUGAGGUGGAGAUCCGCGCCGAGGGCAACAGUCGCUUCACAUACAGCGUGCUGGAGGAUGGCUGCAAGACGCACACAGGCCAGUGGGGCAAGACGGUGUUCGAGUACAAGACACAGAAGACCUCCCGUCUGCCCAUCGUGGACAUGGCGCCCAUGGACAUCGGAGGAGCCAACCAGGAGUUCGGGGUGGACGUAGGAGCCGUCUGCUUCUUGUAGAGAGAGGAACAACGAGAACCCCCUCCCGCAGAAAGACCAAAAAGAAAAUUAAAUAACUCGACCAUGAAACAUCACACACAAACACAACACACACACACUUCCACAAUAAAGAAGACAGGAAAUUAGAAAGAAAAUUGAUACUUUUAUUUCUCUCUCUCUCAAACAAAACUAAAAGCAGAGUGCUCUCCCCUGUUGUUACGUCUCACCGGGAGUUAGCACUGAUGGGCAACCGCAAUAUCUGUCCACCACACUAGCCCUCCCCGUCAGGCACGCUCCCUGAAAUCCAGUCAUGUUUCCCCCCCGGGCCCCCCGGCCCCACACCACCGACCACGGGAACCAGAGCCACAGAGGACGACCAGAGGACCAGAACAAAGCAUGUGAUGGAGGACAGAAACAUGACUGGAUGUCACGUAUGUACUGUCUUCAUGGGCAGCGUUGAGGUGGGACUGUGCAGGGUCAUUCUCUUUCAUGACGCAAGACAAGACAAGCCCCUCCCACUACAGAACAGCAACGACCCCUGACCCAGUCCUGCUUCGCCUACCUGUCUCCAGCCUCCCUGACCCCCAAAAACACAACCAA